AUGGAUAUCAAAGCUUUCAAGGUGCCCCCUAUCAGUGUGGUGCAGAAAAAGCCACUUACGUGCUACUAUUGGAAGAAUAGCAAAUGCAAGUUCAAGGACAGCGAAUGUCGCUUUAUGCAUGAGAAUACUGGGAAGGUCGCUUCGGUUCCAAAAAGCAAUAGCACAUCCGCUGAACCAAAAUUAAGAGAUACUACCGCCAGCACCUCUGAAAACGACGAUCUUAUCUCACUUUUCUCCUAUAAUGGUUCGCCGGGGCCUAAGUUGGAGGAACCUCUCAAAACGGAUAUUAGCUGCGACACUAUCCAAAAUAGCCUACUUAGACCCCGUGUGGCUCGAAUCUCGGCGUGGUUGAUAAUUCGUGCUAUCCGUGAAAAUCAAGAUUAUGACUCUAUUAAAAGUUUGCUUACCGCCAACUCAUUUUCAGAAGUGAAGGAAGUCUUGAUUACGAACGAAGAUGCGUAUUCUACUAUAUAUGCCGCCAUUUACGCAAACAGACCAGAGGUUGUGAAGCUUCUUAUCGACUAUGGCGCGAACCCGAAUGCAACGGAUAAGGCUACCAGUAUCCCGCUCCUAGCAUACGCCAUUCUUAACCCAAGUAUUACCGCUACAGAGAUCGUUCGGGUUCUCCUAUGUCUCGGUGCUAAUCCACAUGCUAUUCCUUCUCAUAUGUGGGAAAGCAUGCAUGAUCAUCACGAAAAGCCACAGAAUGGCCACAACUCACGGGCUCUUUGGUGUGACGAGGAGAAUCAAUCGCUAUUGAAAAAUAGCCUUAACAUUUCUAUGAAAUAUUAUCUUCUUCAGGCUUCGAAAAACGACUUAUCUACUUCCUUCCAGCGCAAAGGGGCGCGACACCUUUCCCCUUCUAUCGUCGGCCAGAACUAUGCUAUCAAGCGCACUAAAGAUUGCCUUACAGCUCAUCGCAUCUACAAAGGUAAUGCCCCCCUCGUGAUGGCGUUUGUUGGACUUCCCGGACAUGGAAAAAGGACUUUGGCUCGGACCCUUGGGAACUUCCAAGAAAUGUCUCCGCUUAAUACAACUGGUCAACUUGUCCCAGGAGAUAACAACGGACCGCUAGCGCCCAAGUCGAACAAGGGCGGCCUGGACGUCGUGUUCAUCGAUGGAGAUAAUGUUGACCACUCCUGGUUAAAAAUGUUGCUUAAUGGGGUUAUUAGUGCUACACACCGGGACGCCGAAACCUGCAAAACGGCUCGCACAAAGGUCGUUUACAUUCUCUCUCUGACCCAGAGCGAAGAGUCAGCUUCUCGUGCCUAUGCCAAUAAAUUAAUCUCCAGCGGUUGUGACCAAAAGGAUGCUAGAUUCCUUUAUAGGAUGGAAAAUGAAGUAGAAUCUCAAUUAAGAACGGAACUUAUCCAGACUUACGGUGCAUCGAUCGCUGGCCGUAUUCAACAUAUUAUUCCGUUCGUUCCAUUCACGCCACUUGAGUCUUCAGUGCUUGCACACCGAUUCUUGAUCGAAGGACUUCAUAGUAUGUUUUGCGAUUAUACUCGUCGCGACUAUCCUAACUCAAGACAACUCCAUCGCAUAGAGCUUCGUGCCAGCGACGAUGUUUACCGUUACUUAGGAGCCCCUUCCAAUGGGUAUGGAGCUCGCUUUAUCGAGCAGAAAGUAACAUCGAAGGUUGUCUUACCAAUUGUGCAACAGUACUUAGAAAAGCUCCAUCGAGAUGUCAACAGCUUUAAGGGGCUAAUUACUAUCAAAACAACUUGGAAAAAGAGCGAAUCUGAUAAUCUCGAGACUAUUGUGUUUGGCGGCGAAAUGAAAGCUGCCAUAGCCGUUGAUGUUGAAUAA